AUGGCUACGAAAAUGGCCGGGGCUGCAAUGGAUCCAAUAAAGACAGAGGCGUCUAGUUUGGUUGGGACGCUUGAGAUAGAUGUUGACAUCAGAGCUUCAGCUGGGAAGUUCCAUCACAUGUUUGCUGGGAGGCCACACCAUGUCUCUAAAGCAUCUCCAGGCAAAAUUCAGCGUUGUGAGCUACACGAAGGCGACUGGGGAAAAGUUGGCUCUAUUGUCUUCUGGAAUUAUGUUCACGAUGGGGAGGCAAAAGUGGCGAAAGAGAGGAUCGAGGCAGUGGAGCCGGAGAAAAACUUGAUCACUUUUAGGGUGAUAGAGGGAGAUUUACUAAAGGAAUAUAAGAGCUUUGUGAUCACAAUCCAAGUGACCCCUAAGCAAGGAGGACGUGGGAGUGUGGUGCACUGGCACGUCGAGUAUGAGAAAAUUGACGACAAAGUGGCUCACCCUGAGACCUUCCUUGAGUUUUGUGUCCAUGUCUCCAAAGAGAUCGAUGAACAUCUCCUGAACGAGGAAUAGAGAGUACUCUUUAAGAUUGUGAUAUCCAUCCUAUAUAUGUGUAUAUGAAGCAUGCAUGUUUUAGUCUAUGAUGCAAUAAAUAAGGAGCCUUAAUAUGUGAG